CAGUUCGGAGCCAGCUACCUGUGAUUUCAGGUGUUAUAAUCGUCGUGCGCGCUUGGCUCAAAUACGUUUUUUACACUUCUAUCGAACUACCGGUUUCGCGAUAGGCUUUUUAGCUUUUGGCUCUGCAUCUGUCUCUAGCUCAAGUGUGCUCUGUGCUUUGUGUGUGUGCGAGUGUGUGUUCUGUGUGUGUGUGUUUGCUUACAAAGAGAAUUAUAUCAAAAGAAGCAAAUCAAAAAUUAAAAUUUAUACAAAAUAUACAACAACCCAGCAUAAAUAUCAAUCAAUUCUCUGUGGAAUACGCGCCCAAGCUGAGUAAAUGAAAGUUGAAUGCUGCAAUGAGAUUCUGCUGCCUGUGAAAUCUUCGCUCGAUCGUUAAGUUAAGAUGACUAUACAAAGCACAAUGAUUGGCCGCCUGGCACCAGGAUACCUGGGCAUUCUGCUCUUGCUGGGCAGCUGCCAAUAUACAGUUGGUGUUCUGGGCAAAUCGCAGAUGUGCGAGGUGGAAACGGGCCAGACGAACAUAAUACUGGACAUCGAGGAGAGUCGCGGGGACUUUAUUGGACAACCCACAACGCCAGCCGAACUGCCAAUUUAUGGUGAUCCUAACACGGAAAUUGCGCUCGAUCUAGUCUUCCCAAAGGGACAGCCGACAUUCCUAUUGGAUGGCAAGAAGCUCAAGCUGCUGCAGCCGCUCGAUCGCGAUGAGGAGAACCUCAGUCACAUUGUGUUCCAGGUCUCUUGCACCAUUCGCGAGUCGAACAAGAAGCGCAACAUCCCGCUUAUUGUGCGCGUGUCCGAUGUCAAUGACAAUGCACCGCAUUUUAUGAACACGCCCUACGAGAUCACAGUGCCUGAGAGCACACCAUUGGGUUCUACAGUUUAUCGUAAUAUACAGGCGCUAGAUAAGGAUGCUGGUGUUAAUGGUUUAGUAGAGUAUUUUAUAGUCAAGGGCGAUGCUAAUAGAACCGAAGAUGAGAAACUCACGAGUGCCGAUGGUUAUGGCACCUUUGCUAUAUCAUUUCCCCACCAAGGACAAGUCACAGUCGCUAAGACUUUGGAUUACGAGAAGAUUCAACGCUAUUAUCUGACUAUUGUAGCUUCGGAUCGUGCACGCAAUGUGGCCGAGCGUCUGUCAUCGACCACAACGCUUACUGUGAACAUAGCAGACUCUGAUGACAUGGAUCCAUCGUUCAUCUACCGGGGAUGUGUCUUGCUCGAUGGUGCCUGCAUCAAUCCGGAGUAUACAGCAUCGGUGCCCGCAGGAUCGGUGCAGGGGGUGCUAAAUGUCCUUCCUGAAAGGAUUCAAGCCGUAGAUCUGGAUACGAUUAGCUCGCGAAUACGCUAUAGCUUCGCGAGUGGAAUGCCAGGAAACUAUGCGGACUACUUUGAAAUCGAUGAGGCAACGGGAGUUCUAAAGCAGACAAAGGCAGUAGAUACAUCGACAGCCAAACGGUACGAUAUCGUCGUCAGGGCUGAGGAGAUCUCACCGCCUCCCAGCCGAUUUACCACGGCUAAACUGACGAUUGCUGUGAAGCCAGUAGACGCCAAUCCUCCAGUUAUCACCUCCUCCGACAUCGAGGGAUACGUGGACGAGAAUUCACCCAUUGGCACCAAAGUAUUGGAUGCAAGUGGUAAACCCAUUUUCUUCCGUACCACUGACGAUGAUCUGGGAGAGGAUGAUCCGAAACCCGACUACAUUUAUGAGUUAACGACGCCGUCAUUCAACGUGACUAACGAUGGUAUGCUGGUUGUGAACGAAGAGGGCCUCGAUCGUGAUCCUCCUGCCCCAGGGCGCUACAAGUUCCAGGUUGUUGCCCGAGAACCGCGCACCAAUGCAGCUAGCGCUCCGCUGAGCCUGACUGUGAACUUACGAGAUGUCAACGAUAAUGCUCCCAAGCUGGCGAUGGUUGCUCCCAUCUCAAUUGCAGCGGGUGAUCAGCAUGAGGAGCGACUGGUCGCUCAAAUGGUAGCAACUGACAUUGAUGACGGACCUAAUGCUGUUGUCACUUACUCCAUCUAUCACGUGUCCAACAAUGGCAUUCAAAAGUUCAAGAUCGACGAGAAGACGGGCGCCAUUACGACCCAUGGACGUUUACUGGCAGGCGAGCAGUACAGCAUCACAGUGCAGGCCUCGGAUAUUGGUGGACUCUCCUCCCAGGCCAUUGUGGAGGUGACUGUCACCCCAGGGCCAAACACGAAGCCACCGCGCUUCAGCAAUUCAGUGUACGAGGUGCAAGUUAGCGAGGGUGCCGAAAUCAACUCCACAGUCACUGUAAUACAUGCGGAUGACCCCGAAAACGAUCCUGUCGUCUACUCUAUAAUGUCAGGCAACGAUCUGCGGCAGUUUGCUGUGGUUCAACAGACUGGCGUCAUCAUGGUCAUACGCAAGCUGGACAGAGAGAGUCUAACGCGUUAUCAACUGAUCGUGAAGGCCGAGGAUAAUGGCGGACUCUCCAGCAGUGCAACAGUUAACAUCAAGGUGACGGACAUCAACGACAAGAACCCAGAGUUCGAUGAAAACACGUUGCCUUACGUCUUCACCGUGGAUGAGGGCAAAGCAGAUGCGUUUGUAGGCAUAGUCCAUGCCACAGAUGCGGAUGAGGGCAUUAAUGCGGAAAUAACCUAUUCGAUACCAACGGACAUUCCGUUUAGCAUCAAUGCCAAGUCAGGGGAGUUGCGCACAGCGUCUGCAUUGGAUUACGAACGUCUCAACGAGUACAAGUUUGUGGUGACUGCCAAGGAUGGUGCUCCCGACGCUCGCCUGGGUACAGCUAGUGUCACAGUCCAGGUGAACGAUCUGCCCGAUGAGGUGCCGAAGUUUAACGAUGCUCGAAUCAAUGUGCGCAUUCCCGAAAACGAAGCCAAUUAUCUGGUGGCCACCGUGCAAGCAUACGAUCCCGACUCCAUGCCCGAGAUUACCUAUGUAUUGCGAAAGGGCGACGCAGAGCUCUUCAAGAUCUCGCCUACGAGCGGAGAGGUGCGUACCACCAAGGGAUUGGACUUUGAGAAGCAGCGACAGCAUGAGCUGACCAUUGGCACCAUUGAGAACGAUGGCGAUGCUCCCGGAGACACGGUGCAUCUAGUGGUCGAUGUCGAGGAUCGCAAUGAUGUGCGUCCUGUGUUCAUAACGGUGCCUGGUCCUGUGACUGUGAAUGAUGAUCAACCCAUUGGCUCCAUCGUUGCCACAAUGCCAGCCAUCGAUGCGGACGGCACUUCACCAGGAAAUGUGGUGCGCUACGAGCUCGUGGGACGAGGCAAGGCGUUGAAGUACUUCCAGGUUGAUCCCGAUACGGGCGCGGUGCGUAUACGUGAUGAAUUGCGCAAGGAAGAAGACACUGAGUAUCAGGUGGACAUAAGAGCCUACGACAUGGGCGAACCACAGCUGAGUUCAGUGGCCAUGCUGCCCGUCUAUGUGCGUCAUCUGCUUCUCGAUCCUAAUGAGGAUGGUGCCAUGGAGCGCAAACUAGAUGGCGAGAAGGGAAUGCUAAUGAACUCGGACACUAUUGGACUCGCUUUUAGCGAUGACAAUUACAUUGUCAGCGUGCCAGAGUCGACAGCUGUGAACAGCACGCUGAAGCUCAUUCAGAUCAUCAACUCAAAGAAACCAUCGCGGGAGACGCCCAACUACAAGUGCGAAUUUGUGCAGGGCAAUGAACAAGGCAUCUUUGAGCUGAGUCUUGAGGAUUAUGGCUGCGUUCUGGUCCUUGUUAAGCCGCUGGAUUACGAGACCAAGAUGUCCUACAAUCUGGAGGUGCGGCUGGUCUCCCAUAGAUACUUUGUGAGUCCGCGAAAGGAUCGCGCUACGAUCAAGAUUAUUGUGCAAGACGAGAAUGAUAAUCCGCCAGAGUUUGUGUUUAAUCGAUUGCAUGGCCAGAACGACACUUACUAUCCCGUCAUCACGCCCGAAAUGGACAUUGACACAACGAUUCUGCAGGUGCGAGCCACGGAUCGUGAUUCGGGCAAGUUCGGCAUUUUAAGCUACAAGCUCUUUGACGAGGAGGAUUCUGGCGCCAAGGAGGAGCAACCUUCCAGCUACUUUUCCAUCUCCGAGGACACGGGUAUUCUUCGCACGGCAAAGCUCUUUAACGACGCCCUCGCCGCCAACUUCCCCAUGACACUGUACGUCGAGGCCAGCGAUAAUGACGCCCAGGAGCAAGGAUCACACACCACGCGAGCGAGAAUUGUGGUCAACAAGCUGACAGAUGCGCAUCGCAUGGCGCUCACCUUUUCCAAUGCAGCACCCAGCAAGAUUCGCACACACCACGCUUCCCUGGAAGAGCUGCUCGAGGAGAAGACCAACGGUCUAGUCACGGGCAUCGAACGCUUCAGCAAUCGCAAAACCUUGACGGAGAAUGGAACUGUCUUCGAGAAUCCUGAGGCAACAGACGUCUGGUUCUACCUGAUCGAUCCCAAGACGGAAAAGUUGCUUGCCCGCAACGAUAGCCUUGUUCAAGAGACGCUCUUUGCCACUGCCGCAAGCAAUGAACUCAACGCGGCAGCCUCCAAUCUGGUGCGAGCCUCUGCCGAGGGCAUCUUUGCACCUAUACAGCCCAAUGAACUCGUUCACAAGGUCAAGGCAACUAUGGCAGCUUUGGAUGAUGAGGUAUUCUCCUUCACGUUGAUUGCCAUCUCCAUCAUCAUUCUUAUCCUAGGCACCGUCGGCAUCAUCUACAUCUGCGUCUCCUGGUCCAAGUACAAGAACUUUAAGCAGCGCAUGCGUCAAUAUUCGGCACCAACUCCAACUCGCUACGAUCCUGUAAUUGUUAACUCACAGGCAGCCAACUCGGGUGAGUCUGUGGCCAACAUGAAGGAGUACGAGACCCAGAUGCUGGCCAUGGCUGUGCCGCCAGAUGGCGAUGAGGAUCUGCAGCUGGACUUCAGUGCCAAGAAUCAUGCGUUCUCCUUGGACAAUGUCAGUUAUAUAACACACAAGCAGAAUAGCGGAGGCGAGGGUCAGUCGAGUCCAUCGCAUUCAGAUGCCACCACAGCAACAAUUUCGACGCUGCGGCGCAAUAAUCUCAACAAUAUGAACAACAACAAUCUGACGAUGAACAAUCGUCAGAACACGUUCAAUCGCACCCUCGAGAUGAAUGCCAGGAAUAAUGCGAAUCCCUUGGCCAUUGCUGGCAACAGCACACCCGGCACUCUGACGCUGGGCAGGAUUAAGCACCAUAAUAGCAAUCACUAUCAGAAUGGUGGCUACAAAAUGGAUAUGUCGGCCAGUCGCAACAACUUGGCCAAUGUCCAGAACAACGGCUACAGCACGAUGGGUCGACGAGGCAACACCUUUGGCGGCAUGGCUGCUCUCAAUGGCAAUGGCGAGCUGAUGACCAACACUCUGGGCCGCAAUAAUCAGCAGAACAAUCGCCUCUUUGCUGGCGAACUGCCCAUCGCCAAUCCGCUCUUCCAAAGAUCCAAUGGGGACUUGACACACAGUCACAUGAGCUGCACCAACGAGAACGUUGUCUUUGGCAAACGGGACUACGGACAAAUGAGUUUCUCGUAUCUGAAUGACUUGGAUCGAUCCGAAGUGGAAACCACAACGGAACUCUAAGAACAGCAAAUUCUAAGUAGCAAAGAAAACAAA